UGGAAAGUGAUAAAGCGCUAUAGAGAAAAGAAGAAUUCAUGUAAAGCAAGGUUCUCAGUGACUCCCUGUUUUUGUCUGUGGUCACAUUCCUCUUUUCCCGUCACCAAAUAUGCAAGGAAACAAGAAGUGAGAUCACAGCUGGUUUAGUGUUGCUAAUGAAACCCAAAUCCAUGGUAGUGUUUGACACAUUAAGCCAAACAGCAGCUGCCCUGUGGGUCAGAAGGGCCCUUUGGCUGGCACCACCAAAAUACGUGUUCUCCAAAGGAGGCUGGCAUCAACUGGAGCCACUUCACAGCUUGUUUGAGAACUGGAUCUGACCAGUAGGAAGAAACCAGGACAGCAGUGGAAGACUGUUAAAGAAACCUGGGUAAAAAGAUGCAGGAGGUAAGAAGAGGAGGGUCUGUGAUACCUCACAAGGACGAAGAAGAAGAAAUGAGUCCAAGAAAGAAGGAAAGCAAUGUUGUGCUGUCAGAUGAGAGUUCAGGACCACCAAGCCAGCUGCUUUGGACCCCCCAGGAUACCCAGCUCCCUCAGGAAAGAGCUCUAUUACCUGCUCAGUAUCCUGCCUUCACUAAAGAUGGAAGCCAAGGAAACCUGCUGCAAGCAGAUAUCACACUGAUGAGCCAAGCCCAAGAGUCAGUGACAUUCGAGGAUGUAGCUGUGAACUUCACUAACAGGGAGUGGCAGAGUCUGACCUACGCUCAAAGGCAUCUCUAUAAGCAUGUGAUGUUGGAAAAUUAUGGGAACAUGGUAUCACUUGGAUUUCCAUUUCCUAAACCUCCUUUAAUCUCUCAUCUGGAGCGAGGAGUAGAGCCCUGUGUGCAGGAUCCACAGGACAGGGAGUCCCUAAGCUGCUCCUACCCAGUGUCAUCUGAUAAGAUGUGGCCUGAGAAUGAAAAGGCAAGUUCACAACAACAGAUUUUUGAAAAUGAAGAAGCCUACUGGAUGAAAUCUAACAGUCUCCUAAAAGUUGAUGCCUGGGAUCCUGAGGUUAGAGAAGUUUGUGUUCAGGAAGUCAAAUUAGCGAAUCAAUGGAAAACACCUAUAAGGGAGAAACUGAGAGAAGUGGAAGAAGGCUCUGAGGAAGUAACCUGCAAAAAAAGAAAGAACCAGAAGGUGCUUAGAUAUAACCUGAAUCCGAACUCAAAAUACAGUCGAUGUAAUAGAGUUCUUACAGUACAGAAACUCCAUGAAUGUGCCAGGUGUGGCAAAAACUUCAGCUGGCACUCAGAUCUAAUUCUCCAUGAGCAGAUUCAUUCUGCUGAGAAACCCCAUGUGUGUGAUGAGUGUGGGAAAGCAUUCAAGACCAGAAAUCAGCUUUCUGUGCACCAGAUAAUCCACACAGGGGAGAAACCUUUUAACUGCACCCAGUGUGGGAAGGCUUUCAACAGUAGAUCAGCUCUUUGCCGACAUAAAAAAACCCACAGUGGGGAGAAGCCUCACGAGUGCAGGGACUGUGGAAAGGCCUUCAAGACCAGGAACCGUCUGUGUAUGCAUCAGCUCAUCCACACUGGAGAGAAGCCUUACGAAUGUAACUGCUGUGGGAAGGCCUUCCAGUUUAAGCAUUCCCUUACCAUCCAUGGCAGAAGCCACACUGGAGAGAAGCCAUAUGAAUGUGAGGAGUGCGGGAAGGCCUUCAGCGGGAGUUCAGACCUCACCAAACACAUAAGAAUCCACACUGGGGAACGACCUUAUGAGUGCAGCAAGUGUGGAAGGGCCUUCAGCCGGAGCUCAGACCUAAGCAAGCACAAACGAAUCCAUAUUAGGGAGAAACACUAUGGGUGCCCCCAGUGUGGAAAAGACUUCAGCAUCAAGGGAGAACUCACCAAACACAGAAGGAUCCACACUGAAGAGAAACGUUACAGGUGUGAGGAGUGUGGGAAAGCCUUUCAUCAUAACUGUAAACGCCGGGCUCAUGAACGAGAGCACACCGGCGAGAAGCCCUAUCAAUGCGGAGAUUGUGGGAAAACCUUCCAAGAUCGGCACUGCCUUACCGUCCAUCAGAGAAUCCACACUGGAGAGAAACCUUACAGAUGUUUAGAGUGUGGGAAAGCUUUCAGUGGGAAGUCAAACUUGACCAAUCACCAAAGAAUUCACACUGGAGAGAAGCGUCACAAAUGUGAGGUAUGCGGAAUGGCCUUCCAUCAUAGUUCAGUCCUGAGGCAACACAAAAGAAUCCACACUGGUGAGAAGCCAUACACCUGCAGUGAGUGUGGCACGUCCUUCCGUCAGGGCUCAGCUCUGAUUGGACAUAAGCGAGUUCAUACUGGAGAGAAACCUUAUGAAUGUGAGGAGUGUGGGAAAGCUUUUAGAGUGAGCUCAAAUCUUACUGGACAUAAGAAAAGAAAACAUCAAGUAUGGAGAACCCAUGAACUUGAUGGGAGUAGGAAAUCCCUCUCUCCAGUAACUGUUUCUCAGACCUCAGCAGUCAGUAUUUUGACCAGUGCCUGAGUAUAACAAUUCCGGUGUUACUUUCUGUUUUUCCUACCUCGUAGGCUGGUCCUUCUGUCUCCUAUAUUAGUUAUUCCUGAUUUCCUGACCCUUACUUGUGAGAUUCCCCAAAAGUAUUGUCCUUUACCUUCUUAUUCAGUAUUUUUUCAGUGAGCACAUUUACUUCCACGAGUUUAUCAAUCACUUCCUAAUAAUAAUAAACACUUAGUGCUU